UAUCGCGAGACCUGCUCCGCCAUAAUGAAAUUUAGGUCACAGUAGUUACACGUGCGCUGAAAAAAAUCGCUCGAAAAUUAACAGUAUGGGGAAAGCUAAGAGAGUGAAGAAAGCUGUGCCUGCGGCAAAGAGAAGGAGUUUGCCUACAGAAGACUUCGACACUGACUUGCCUGAUCCCAAGUCACAAGACUUCUUCAACGAUGAAAUUGAUGACUUCCAUGCUAGUAGAGAUAAGAUUCCAUUGGGCAGUCAUAUGAUGGAACCUGCUGGUUUCAGUUCUGAUGAAGAGGAGGUUCUUCCAGUUGAGUCAGACUAUGAUGAGGAAGAUGAAGACCAAGAAGAAGAAGGAUAUGAAGAGGCUGAAGGAGCAGACGACAGCGCUGAUUCUGCUAAGGAUGGGGAGGAUGAUUUAGAUGAAAAAGCAUGGGGAAGGAAGAAAUCUAAGUUUUAUGGAGCUGAUGUUGAAGAUGUUGAUAUUGACCUUAGUGGCUCUGAGGAAGGAGAUGCUGAACUGGAAGAGAAGGAGGCACUUGCACUACAGAAAAAAAUGGCGGAACAACUCAGUGAGGAGGACUUUGGUUUUGAACUUUUCCAGGACACAAAGAAAUCAAAACAAGUAGAAGACACAGAGCAAGAGAAAAUUCACACAGAUUUGUCCUCGCUCUCAAAGAAGAAAAAAAUGGAAUUGCUCAAAAAAGAGUCACCAGAACUUAUUGAACUGAUUGAUGACUUCAAACUGAAAUUGACAGAGGUUAAAGAGAGAAUAGAACCCAUGUUUAAGCUGGUGAGAGAUGGGAGCAUACCGCCAGGUGGUGCUGCUGAUUACAUUGAGACCAAGAUGAGACUGUAUCUAAGCUACUGUCUGAAUGUCCAGUUCUACCUCAUAUUGAAGGCAAGAAGAACCCCAGUACAAAACCAUCCUGUCAUUGGGAGACUGGUACAGUAUAGAAAUCUCAUAAAAGAUUUGCUUCCUGUGGACGAGCAGCUGCAGUUUCAGAUAGAUGACAUCUUGGAGAGAGUGAAGAAAGGAGAAGUGAUCAGACCUCAGCAGGCGGAAGGCAAGAAGAGGGUGAUGUUAGACAGGAAGAGAAAACUUCCCAAAACAAAGAAGACAGGUGUAGAGAAAAAGAAGCUGUCACAGCUUAUGGAUGAUGAGGAGGAGGAAGAAGAGGAAAGUGACAGCAAUGAAAAUAAAUCUAAAAAAAAGAAAGGGGAAGAGAGGUUUGAGACUAAGGAUGAGAAAGAGGCUCUGGAAUUCUAUCAGAUGAUGAAGGAAGGCAGACGACAAGUCGCUGAUGGUCAGGAAGAGGAAGAAAGUGACCAAGAAGGCCAAUUUGAUGAGGGGGAAGAAGAAACUGGUGCUGAAGAUUUAGCAGAUGAAGGUGGAGAAAUUGAAGAUGAAGAAGAUGGUGGGAAAAGAGGGAUAAAUUAUCAGAUUGAGAAGAACAAAGGUCUUACACCACACCGCAAGAAAGAAUUAAAAAAUCCUCGUGUGAAACAUCGUAAAAAAUACAGAAAGGCCAAGAUAAGACGCAAGGGACAGAUUCGAGAAGCACGCACAGAAAUGAAGCGUUACGGAGGGGAGAUAUCCGGCAUCAGGGCAGGCAUUAUUAGAGGAGUGAAACUCAAGGCUUGAUGCAUGAUGGAGGAAUUUAUUGAACAUUUUUGAUGCGUGAUGUGGCUGCGACAAACCAUGCGGUGACUGAAUGCAGACAGACGCUAAAAACCUGGACCCUUUAACUCGAAAGCAUGGCGCACUGCGACCGAGCGCAAGUGUCUUGAUGCCAUAACUCACCCAUACUCGCCCCAUAUAAUACAUUGUAGCCUCUAUGUGAUAUCGCUAUUUACAAUACGCGAUGUUUUCUAGUUACGGAGCCCUGCUCACUUGUACCUUUUUACUCGUUCAUAACUAUCUGGAAGAUUACAGCCAAACAGGAAUGGGACUCUGCCCCCUAGACCCCAUGCUAUAUUUUCAGACUUUUUCAAUGAAUGGCAUUUUCAUCCCAGGCAUCAACUAGCACCUGCUUGUUCAAGUUUGGACAGACAUUUCAGAAAACCUGUCCGGGCACAAUACCAUGGAGGUUUAUUAUUGUGGAAAAACUGAAGUUACAGUGUAGAAAAGAAUACGUCACUAACAGAAAUAUGUAUAUUUUUAUACAACCUGCAUGUAGCAUAGUCGAUUGGAUUCAACACAGCUUAACAGCUUAACCAGUUUCUAACAAGGCGGCCAAAAUUUCUCCAAUUAUUGGCAUUUCAUUCAUGUUUUCUUAAAUGUAAAAUUUCUUUCAGUCAUGAUAAAACAUUUUCAAUAAU